AACUCGCGUCUAGGCUGGCCUCACUGUCAAUUCGAGAGCUGCGAAGAGUACGCUCGCGUCUAUUACGUAGUGUUUACAGUGAAGUUUGUGUUGUGAAGCAAAAUUUUCGAAUGUAGUGAGUGAAAGAUAGUGUUGUUUUUUUUUUUAAAUCAAAAAGUGGAACUUGUGUUUUCAACAUCAUGUUGUUAGUGUAUCAGAAAGUGAAUUAAUCAAAAUGUGUAGAGCACGGUUGUGUGCAAAAUUGAUUUUUGCCACGUAGUGACGCGAACGGGUAAUGAUUCCUAAUGUGGAGUUCGAAGCAAGAUGGUUAGAGAGACUCGGCAUCUGUGGGUUGGAAAUUUACCCGAUAACAUACGUGAAGAUCGAAUAAGAGAGCACUUUAAACGCUAUGGCCGAGUCCAGAAUGUUAAGUUACUGGGACGAAUGGAGAGCCCAAGUGCGACUACGAACGGGAGUGCUAAUAGCGGUGUUUGUGCCACUGUUGCCUUUAUGGACAUCAAGUCUGCAUCGAAAGCUCACAACGUGGAACACGUUUUGGACGAACGAACUCUUACUACUGAGUAUUACGAGCCAGCCGCCAUACCAUCUUCUGCGGGCGCGCCAUCUGCCGGAUCGUCGCCAGCUGGCUCGGGCUACUCAGGUUCUUCAUCCUCCGUGAAUUCCACACCCGCUCCAGUCUCCACUUCGCGUUAUCACCUCUCGUAAGUAUUAAUUUCUUUUGCUAAAAAUGGCCAUCUGUUAGUAUCAUGUUAUAUUUUAAUCAUGUCUGAGCUUAUGAUGUCAAAAUAAUUUAAAUUUAACUACACAAUGUUCUUAAACCGUCUUGAAUACCUGUCAGAAUUUAAAUAAUUUUGAAUAGGGAUUAUUACAAUUUGGUAAGUUUAUAGAAACAGAAAAAACAAAAAUCUAGUUGACACAGAAAACACACGCAUACAUAUGACGAAAAAUUUAUGACAACUGCUCUAAUCUCCACAACUGACCGUGUUUAUGCUAAAAAGAAAUUUUGUGAAGUAUAAUUUCAAUUUUGAGUAACUCAAUUUAAUUUUGAAACUAAAAGAAGUCGAAGAAAGAAUGAAAAUUUAUAUGUUAUUCAAAAUCAUGCCAGAGAGCUCUUUUAUUUACUGAGCUUUUUAUGGUUAUAAGACUCGUAAGUACUUUAGAUAAACUACGAUAAGGUACCAAUAAUCUUGUAUCGUUAUCUCGCGACAUAUUUUUUUUUUUUAUAAGAAUAAUCAACAAAAUUAUGUCUGUAAAUGUACACUAACUAUUCAUGCGUAGGUGCAAAGUAUCUAUUUAAUAUCAUCUACUUAUGGACGGCGUUGACAAGUUCUUAAAUCUUCAAAAAGAAAACAAAAACUUCAACAUUACUUAUACUUAAUAGGCCAUUAUUAUGUUAUAUUAGUCAAAAAAACUAUUAAACAAUUAUUUUAUGUAAUUCAUAAAACAAUAAAAUUUAAUGUCCACAAAAAAAAAAAAAUAUUUUUAGUAUAUUUUCGUUCUGUUAUUAUGUAGGAAUGUUAUAAUUUUGGCUAGUGUCAUCUCGGUUUUUUUUUAAUAAAAUUUAGUAAGCCGUUUUAAUAACACGAAAUUAUGUAUAUGUCUUUUCAUUGGCUUAGAAUCAUGGGUUCGAAAUUUGAAAUAUAAAUCAGACAGGGUUUGUUUUAAGUUAUAUCGAUAGGGAAUUUGAUCCCGGCAUUUAUCCAAUCCCCAGAUGCCGGGAUUUUAGGAUUUUACAAAAAAGAGCUAAAACACGUCUAUAGCGUUAUUAACUUAUCAUAAUUGCAUACUGGUAAAUACUAAUUAUUUUACAUAGUAUUUUGGACUACAAAUAAUCACUUAACCUCAGCACUUAAUUUCACUUAAGUAAGUCUAGUUACGUUCUUUUUAGUUUUUAUAUUUAAACAUAGAAAUAUAAAACGUAGAUAUUAUCAGCUAUU